AUGUGGUGCCGCAUAUUGGCGCUUCUCCUGCUCCUACGGGCAGUGAGCUGUGCAAAGGUCUCAUCCUUCCGAGGCUUGGACGCCCAGGUUGGCGCGCCUCGAGAGCAUCCAUUGCGAGAAUGGAAGACAGGUGCGGAGCAAAAUGCCACGGAUGUAGCAGCACCAAGGCAGAAGGAUGCUACAAAGGACUCGUCCACGGCUUGGCGCAAUGAGACGCUGUCCGUCCCGCCAAAGCAACCUGACAUCCAGAAAGAUUCCGCGGCCGAUCUGGAAAAGGAGAUCUUCGAGGAGCCGCGCAAGGUCAUGGGCGUGGCCUUGAACGGCACCCGGGACGUUCAGACUCUGAACACCUCCCUCUUCGUGGGAGGCUUGGGCGCGGCAGGAGUUCUGCUGGCCUUCGCCUUCCUGCGCGUCGCCGUGCCGCAAGUCUACGAGCGACGCCGGAGCGAGCCGGAGGAGGCGGAUCAGUAUCACCUGGAGGUGAGCUCCGGGCUGCGGUGCUUGGACUUCAUCUGGCGGGUUUGGAACAGCACCCCGGAGGAUGAGGUGCGCCUGGCUGGCCUGGAUGGAUGGUCACUCCUGGAGUUUGUGCGCCUGAACCUGCGCAUCAUGUCCAUCCUUGGUCCCUUCCUGCUCUCCGUGCUGGUGCCCCUGCACUUCGUGGCGAGCACCGAAUCCCACAACACCCUCGACUGGCUCAGCCGCUUGGACAUCGGCAACCUGCCCCGGGAGGACUGGAUGCUGUGGUUCCAUGCCGCGGUGGUGUGGUUCGUCGUGCUCAUCAGCACCUGGCAGAUCACUUUGGCCCAUGAUGGAUUCACGGAAAGAAGAUACCAGUGGCUGUCGACUGUGCCCAGACCCAGAUCCACCACAGUCAUGGUGCGGAACAUCCCGCCAAUGUAUCGUUCCGACAGCGCGCUGAAGGAGUACUUUGAUACGGUCUUCAGCGAGGAGUCGAUGCACACCGUGGAGCGUGCCUAUGUGAUUCGCAAAACAGGCCGGCUGCCUAAGCUGGUGCAGCAGAUGCAGUCGUCCCAGUAUGAGGCGGCCGUGACAUCCAACCGGCUGAACAAGGCUCGGCUGCGGGGCUUGCCGACCUCGGAGCUGGAGAUGGAGCUGAAGAGGAGCAAGUCAGCUGUCGAUACCCUCAGGUCUCGCGUGGCCAAGGAGCAAGCGCAGAUCGAGGCGGCCCUGCAAGGCCCACGCCCCGAUUCCAAGGUGGCGUCCUCCUCGGGCUUCGUGACCUUCACCACCAUCCUGUCCCAGCGCCUGGCCUCCAGGGAGCAAUGCACGCGUGACGUGCAGGCCUUCAGGAUGUACAUGGCUCCCGACCCUCAUGAUGUCCUCUACGAGAACCUGGCAGAGGACGAUAUCAACGCUUCCUCUUGGAAGUGGAUCGGCAAGCUCGCGCUGGUGGCAGUUUUCUUGUUCUGGGUUCCCAUCGUCGUCGCCAUCUCCGGCUGGACAACUUUGAGUUCGAUCCAGGGAACGGUGCCAGUCAUCAAGAAGUUUGUGCACGCGCACCCGGCAGUGGGCAACUUGCUGUCAGGGGUCUUGGCAACGGCAGCUUUGAAGAUGUUCAUGGCGUUUCUGCCUACAGUUCUGCAUUUCAUUAUUACUACCACCCUGCACUUGAAAGCAGGGAGCAUCGAACAGCUGAAGCUUCAGCAGUGGAGCACAGCCUUUCUGCUCCUCUUUGUGGUUUUGGUCACGUCCUUGGGACGUGGUCUGACCAUCACCUUCGUCAUCGUCAUGCAGGAGCCGGCCAAAAUCGUCAGCCUGUUGGCUGCUUCCUUGCCGUCUGCCUCGCAUUUCUAUUUCAACUACGUGAUCUUGGGCUGGUUCGUCUUGCCACUAGACAUGCUCCGAAUGGCGAAUCUGGCCAAGUGGUUCUUCUUCCGCAAGGUCUGCGCGUUCGAGGAGGAGGAGGCGAGGCAGUACUCGGAGCAGGAGGACGCGGCGUACUACGGCCUGGGCACCCGCAUGGCCCGGAGCGUCCUCAUGGCCUCGAUCUUCUACACCUUCUCCUCGUGCUCGCCGUUGAUCCUGGUCUUCACUUGGAUCUACUUCUUCCUGGCGCAGUUUGUCUAUGGCUACAUGCUGCUGUUCUGCGAGAGCAAGAAGCCAGACACCGGAGGAGUCUUUUGGGUCCAGGCCAUGGAGCAGAUGUUCCUCAUCUUGGCCAUCUACGUGAUGCUCAUGGUGGGGGUGCUGCGGGCGCUGGCGCGGGAGGGCAUCUGGGCCGGGCCGCCGGCCGCGGCCUGCGCCUCGCUGCUGGUGAUCUACAUGGCCAGGCGCGAAGUCAACAACUUGGCCUUUGACACCUUGCCGCUGGAGGAGGUGGUGAAAGCCUUCCAAGACAACAAGGAUAGUGCGCAGCUGGGGAGCACGUACAUGCAGCCAGAGUGUGAUCCGGCCCUUGUGGCCGAAGACUAG